CGUUUCCCAUGAAUCACUUGCUGCUCGACUGUUGACGACGGUAUCAGCAAUGAUUCGGUAUCCAAAACAGAAGUUUGAUAAAAUAGACCAAGGUAAUCCCACCACCGAUCGGGUUCCUGAUAAGUAAAGCUGUCUGACAUUUCGAUAAAAUCAGUAGUAAAUAAUUGUGCUAGGAUUGUGCCCAAUUUAGUCGAAAGAAGAGUUUUCAGCAAUAUGCUUUGAAUCCAUCAUGCCUAAGGAGAAAGCUUCGAAACGCGUCAAUUGCGAUAUUCGCUUCGACAACAAUCCCAAUGGAAUCUUCAAAGCGGGUGAGGCGGCAUCUGGAUCGAUUAGCCUUACGUUAACUCAACCGAAAAAAGUUCGAGGUAUUUGCUUGUUCAUUACUGGGUUCGCAGAAACUUUCUGGGAAGACAAAGUUCCUCAUGGCCCGAAGAAUAAGAAAACCAAAGCGCAGUUCAAGGGUCGUGAAGACUUCAUUGCACAGAAGUCUUAUGUAGUCGGAUCGGAGACCGGAAGUCCUCUUGAUCUUGCAACGGGAACCACCCACUAUUACUUCCGGUUUAACAUUCCGCCAUCGGCUCCUACUUCAAUGGAAGGAAAGUACGGCCAUGUGAGGUAUCUCGUUAAGGUCGCCCUUGAACGACCUUGGAAAUACGACCAUAACUUUCAGCUCCCGUUUACCGUGCUUGCCAAGACCGAUUUCGACGAAAACAGUGCAAAUAUGAAGAAACCUAUAAAAAUGGAAGAUCAGCUGAGGUUCUACUGCUGGAUUUGCAAGUCCGCACCGUUGAUGGUGAAAGCAACGGUUCCCAAGUCGCUAUACACACCCGGUGAAUCACUGGAAGUCCUUCUCGAAGUACACAACCUAAGCAAGGAGGACGUUUCCGAAAUCAUUGUCAAAUUUCAAAAAGUGGUCAAAUUCCUGAGUCAAGUGCAGGUCAUCGACAGCACUCAACUCUACGCCGAAAACAAACUAAUCAAAUAUGAAACUAUCGAGAUGCAAAGGACUUCCGCAGUAGCCAGGCAAACCAACGAAAACUUCGAGAAGCACUUCCUAGUUGGACCGAUCACUCCUACUGAAGACCGUCAAAGUAAAAUCCUGAAGAUUGGAUACGAGAUAGACGUUCUGGUCAAGCCGAAGCUGUCCCCGCAGAGGAUUCAUCUGACCAUACCGAUCGUCAUCGGGUCGGUGGGGGCCAAAACGGAGGAAGCGCUGGAGAUUGCCAUGUCUACCGGAGUGGCCAAACUUGCCGAGGGGUUGAAUCGGGACCAACCGACGGCUCCACCGCCGCCGUAUGCUGAAAACGAUUCCAGUCUGUAUCCGUUGAGCUCGCUUCAACAGGCCUAUGCAAGGGAGAACAGCAGCAGCGAGGAAUGAGAGAAGAGAUUAUCGUGAUUUUUAAUUAAUCUGGAACUUUUACAUAUUCGUCUUAUCUUACAACACUGUAAACGUUAUGGGCUGAUUUUGAGAGUUGUAGGUCGAUGAAAAAUAGACCUAAUUAACCUUUGUUGAUUUAUGAAUUCAAAUUUGUAUUCUAUGUAUACCUGUUAUUGAAUAUAUUUCAUGAUAAAUUAA